GGGAAACUUUGAAAGUUGGAAGCUGCAGUUUGAAAGUUGGAUCCGGUUUUAUUUUGUAGCUGCAUCUGGAGACAUGGGAAGCAAGAAACUCAGAAGAGUGGGUUUAUCACAAGAGCUGUGUGAUCGGCUAAGCAGGCAUCAGAUUGUUACCUGCCAGGACUUUCUUUGUCUGUCCCCCCUGGAACUUAUGAAGAUGGUUGGCCUGAGUUAUCAAGGUGUUCAUGAACUUCUGUGUGUGGUUAGCAGGGCCUGUGCUCCACGGAUGAAAACGGCUUACGAACUAAAGACCCAAAGAUCUCAUGCCCUCUCACCUGCAUUCUUACCAACCACCCUUUCUGCUUUGGAUGAAGCCCUGCAUGGUGGUGUGGCUUGUGGAUCCCUCACAGAGAUUACAGGUCCUCCAGGUUGUGGAAAGACCCAGUUUUGUAUGAUGAUGAGUGUUUUGGCUACAUUACCCACCAGCCUGGGAGGAUUAGACGGAGCUGUUGUGUACAUUGACACGGAGUCAGCCUUCAGUGCUGAGCGACUCAUUGAGAUAGCAGAAUCUCGUUUUCCCAGUUAUUUUGACAGUGAAGAAAAGUUACUUUUGGCAAGUAGUAAAGUACACCUUUAUCGGGAGCUCAGCUGUGAUGAAGUUUUGCAAAGGAUCGAAUCUUUGGAAGAAGAAAUUAUUUCAAAGGGCGUUAAGCUUGUGAUUAUUGACUCUAUUGCUUCUGUGGUGAGAAAGGAGUUUGAUACACAACUUCAGGGCAACAUAAGAGAGAGAAACAAGUUCUUGGCAAGAGAAGCAGCCUCCUUGAAGUAUUUGGCUGAGGAAUUUUCAAUUCCAGUUAUCUUGACGAAUCAAAUUACAACCCAUCUGAGCGGAGCCCUAGCUUCUCAGGCAGACCUGGUGUCUCCAGCUGAUGAUUUGUCCCUGUGUGAAGGCCCUUCUGGAUCCAGUUGUGUGACAGCAGCCCUGGGAAACACCUGGAGUCACAGUGUGAACACCCGACUAAUUUUUCAACAUCUUGGUUCAGAAAGAAGACAGAUUCUCAUUGCCAAAUCUCCUCUGGCCCCCUUCACCUCAUUUGGCUACACCAUCAAGAGAGAAGGCCUGGUUCUUCAAGGCCAACAGAGGCCAUAGGGACACUAUGACCUUUGUCUAAAGCUGACGGAGACGUGAUUUGUGAAAUGAAACAGGACCUUGCUGCUUGGAAGAAGGAAACGGAAGCCAGCAUAAUGGGGAUUAAUUAGUUGAUUGCUGUUGAGAUGGUAACAGAUUUGCCCCUGUACCACUGAGCCACUGGGCAGGGACAGUGAAGACGAAGAGGCCUUUGUUCAGGUCUCAAGAUGCAUGGGGCUGAAGGCUUUGCAGCCGUGGAUGUCAACAGCCAUAAUAAUAAUAAUUUGCACUUAUAUAGCACCUUUCAACUAGGCACCUCAAAGCGGUUUAACCACAUUAAUUAAUUAAAGCCCACAAUCCCCCUGGGGAGAGGAGGAGGAUGACUAACAGGAUUUGUAAUUAUAGGAAGGAAUAUUGUCGAAUAAAGUAUU